UGGGAGCUCAGCAACAUGGCGGAGGAAAGUCAGGCGGUCCAACACGUCUGUUCCCCGGGCCACAGCAACGCCACCUCUCGCCGUAUGCCGGGACUAUGUUAAAGUACUCCGUCCCACCGUGCAAACCCCGCAACAAUCCACACAAAAAGGCUGUGAAGGAGCUUUAAGAUGAGCCGACGGUCAACAGAGCGCCUCGACCCCGUCCCGUCCCCGCCUCUCCCCGCGGACCACGUCUUAAACUCGGGAGCAGUUCUCUUCCCCGGUGCUUUCGAUCAACAUGGCUGUCCCCUGGUCGUGUUCCCAGCGGACGGUCUCGACAAACUCGCCACGGAGCUCAAUAAAGCCGAGGUGGUCGACUUCAUCAACUACUUUCUGAUUCUGCAUAAUAAAAAACAGGACCGAGACAGCCUGGUCUCCGUCGUGGCGGAUUUGAGGCAGGCACCUCUCUCUGCCGCAAGAAUCAUAGCGGAAACACUGCUCCUCCUUCAGACUGCCAGCACGGUCCACACGGCCUACCUCGUCCUACCGAUUAAGAAAGACGUCUUGAAGACGUUGCAGAAAAGCAUCGCUCCCUCAAAACCCCACAACACCGCCUUCAAGAAAGUUCUGCUGAAGGACGUUGCUGAACUCUCCAACUACAUCGACCGGAGCCAGCUGCCACCCUGUUUAGGAGGCUACUUCAUGUACCAUCACCCGAGCUGGGUAGCCUUCAUCAAGGAGAUAGACCUGUUCCUGCAGGAGUUCCUCUCUGUGGUGCAGCGUCUUCCCACCUGUAUCUCCACCCUCCAGUCCAUCUCCAGGCUCCCCAUCCCAGAGGACCUCCACCUGCUCACAGACUUCUGCUCCGCCAACCAGAACCUGUUCCUCCGUCUCAGAAGGGAGCUGGGUUUGGACGAGCUCCAGGACCACUGCGAACAGAUGGGGAGCAAGCUGAGGUUCCCUGAGCAGGACCCCUGCUACCUGGCCAUGGCCGGGACCCCCCUGUUCACAGACACGGCCAGGGACAUGCUCCACCACUACAGCAGAAUAACUUCCGCCGUGGCCAAAAUUGAGUUGCUAUGGCAACAGGCCUUCUACAAGGCCCAUGUCCAGCUCAGGCUCCUCCAGCUCCACAAGGAAGCACUGAGGAUUAGAGAUCAGAUGGAGGCCCUCCUGACGGAGAGGGUCCAGCCCUACAGAGUGGAGGUCGCUGAAGACGAGGAGAGGGCCCGGGCGACGGCAGCAGAGUUUGUGGCGUCCGUCUACACUCCGGCCAUGGCCCUGGUCCGCUGCUCAGAAGACGUCCUCCACACACUGGAGGAGACGGUCCCCGGAGGGGGGGGUCCGGGCAGGGAGCCCUGGGUGGGGGAGCUGGAGGCGCUGAAGGACCAGCUGCUCUCCGCGGUGGAGCCCCUCCACCAGACGAUCGGCGCUCAGUGCGACUUCCACCGCUGCCUCAGCAAGGCUAACAGGUGGUACGGUCUGGUCCUGCGGGAGAACUUCCUCCAGGGGCUGCUGCUGGGGCUGAAGGAGGAGUCCCCCUCCUGCGUGUCGGGCCAACGUCAGGGCCGGUCGGGGCAGGGGCCCGGCCCAGACCCCCGGAGGAAGGCGCUGGCCGCCUUCCUCCGGGGGAACCCCCCUCCGGCUCUGCAGGAGCUGCUGGUCCUGGCCCAGCUGGCUCACACCCUGCCCCAGCCCCGGCUGCAGAGGGCCGGCCGCCAGGUGGCCCAGCGGUGCAUGACUCUCAGGAAGCUCCUCAUCUCGCAGGACACCUUGGCCUUCAGUGACCUCCAGAUAGCGAUCCAAUGGCAGUACGACCUUCUGAGCAGCAGCCAUGUCAGCCCCCCUCAUGCUCUACCGCCUGAGGCGGCGAAACCCGACGGCACUGCAGAACAAACGGAAAGGAACCCUUCUCUGUCCCCUCGUUCACGCUCCAAUCCCGUUCGUGAGAUCCGAUCACCGGCAGUGAGUCGUUCCCACUGCCGGUGCUCCCCCACCAGUCCGGGCCCCUGGAGGAUUGGGAAGGACUCUGGACACCAGCAGCAGGUCCUUUUGGCCAUGCCCCCUCAGACGGAGGGGAAGCCCUCCUCCCUGAGCUCCUUCGACUCUGGCUUCGAUGGCGCCGGCUGCAGCCCCCUCGAAGCAGCAGCCGGCGGUGGCGGCGGCGGAAGGGAGGCGUGGCAAGGCCUCUCCGGUGGGACCGGAUCGAGGGAGUCGUUCAGGCCCUCUGGAGCGCCGCCCCGGACCCACGCGGAGAACUCGUCUGGCGCUUUGGAUGCAGAGGACCUGAAGGAGGCCUUUGACUUUGGUUCCGUGGGGAAUUCAUCGAGGGCUAGCGUCCAGGUCGUCCCUAAAAUCAAACUCGACUCGCUGAACUUUCAGAUCAAGGUUCAAAGGUCGGCCACACCGCCGCAGAACCCUUGGCUCAGCCUCCCAGUGGACGACCUGGAGAACUCCUACACCGUCACCAUUACCCAGAAUCCCCCGGGACAGCAGAAGGCUCCAGAUCUCAGCAGGAACCAUUCCAGUGGUUCCCGAGACCAGCCCACACAGACGGAGGUACCUGCCAGUCCUCUGUCCGACGCCGGGCCGCCAGCAGCAGACGGGAUCCUGCCGUCGCUCGGUGGUAACCGGGAUCCGGGACUUAGCCCGAUCCGUCAUCUCCUGUCCAGCACCAUCACGGAUGGGAUGGAGAAGUCUGAAUGCACAGCGGAGGGGAACCCCACGCUGAUCUGGGACUCGUACGACCUCCACGACCAGAACCACGCUCAUGAGCGGCCCAGUGGCAGUGUCGAGGACGUCUCCAUGAUCGAUUGGGACGUGACGGUUCAGCAGGACCUGAGGAACGUGGAGGAGAUCCUGGAGCGGGCUGAUGGGAUCCUGGCGGAAGAAGAGGACGUCCUCUCCCAGGAAGCCAUGUUUGAGGACCUUGUGAGGUCUGAGACUCAUCACUGGGAGUUAUGGGAAAAUGAGGAGCAGCUUGGUCCGAUGUGCGCUAGUGAGCUGGCUGAAGCUGGUGUACUCGGCCUGGAUGAGGACCUCGAUUACCCCGACUGCCAGACCCGUGACUGGUGCCCAACACCGACCCCUUCCUCUGGGUUUGAGUCCCUGCUGGACAGCUGCUACCGUGUUGAAGACCGGACUCCCUCAGGGUUUGAUUUGCCAGGAGACCGGGUAGACCUGCUCCCCGAGCUCAGGAACAUCCACAUCCUGGACGAGCUGAUCCUGGAGGAGAACCUGGAGAUCCACAAGCUCCGACGGCAGGUAGAGACCCUGGAGGAGGAGCGGAGGGGGGCCCACCGCGGGGAGCAGCAUCCCUCGGCGGGCAGCGGGUCGGUGGGUCAGAGGGAGGAGCGGCAGGCCUUUCGUCACAAGCUGCAGAAGGAGACGAUGGAGGUGGAGAGGAUGGAGACGAGUUUGAAACAGGAGCUGGCCUCCGGGAGCAGCCGGACCAGGAAGGUGGUCAAGUGCUCGGCCCUCGUGACGUUUGGAACGUUGGAUCCGGACGACCAGGAACUCUGCGAUGAUCUUCUAUCAGGGAGCCGGCGGCGUUCCCAUAGGGCACUUCAGCAGAACUUAGAAGAGCCUCUUCGUGACACUCCAGGACAGGAGUGUCAUGAAGACUCGGAUGAACAACAUGAUGAAGAAUCCUUGAACUGUGAUCUCGACCCUCUCGCGGCUGAUGUUGAUGAAACUUCAGAGCCGCUACCAACACUGAACCUUACAACCAUCCGCAAUUUCCAAUAUGAUCUUGAGGGACUUCCUCCAGAAGAGGGUUUAGAGCCUCAGAGCGCGAUGGCUGAGAUGGAAACGGACAUGGAACCAGGAGGAAGUGACCUCACCUGCAAACCAGAAGCUUCCUUAAUCCCCGAGAUGGGACCAGAGGAUGGAGCGUUUGACCCCGGCGGUGAGCCAACGCUGCCGCCUGGGCCUAAGCCCCGGGCAAUCUCCCUGGAGGCCACAGCAGUCUCCAUGGAGAUACAGGAGAGGCCCUGUUCUGUGGAGCCCACAUCAGAGCCUUCUCCAACACCAACAACACCCCUUUGUGAUCCACCCCUUUGUGAUCCACCCCUGUGUGAUCCACCCCCGUGCGAUCCACCCCCGUGCGAUCCACCCCCGUGCGAUCCACCCCCAUGCGAUCCACCAACCGAAGCUCCACCCAAACCCAAAGAGCGGAAGCACAGACCCUUAUCCGGUGGCGAUGGCCUCCUUGGCUCAGCCGUCAGCGGCCACAGCAGCAACAACAACCACAACAACAACAACCCCCUCAGUGAGGAGUCUCCGGCGUCCUUCAUGGAGGACGCGUUGGACACGGACAACGCUGCAAUGGCGCCGGCAUGCAACGGAACAUCACAGAACCAUUCACAAUACCCCCUCGGGAGCCAGACCCCCAUGGGUCUCUGCUCCUCCGUCCCCCCCUCUCCCCCUCUGGAGACCCCAGGGGAGCUGACGGCGUGCGACCCUUGCGGGAGGUCGGAUGACUGUGAGGACGUAGCGGACGGGUUUCAGCGCUCGGCGUCCACCAGGAUCAGCAGAACCUUCUUACCGGCUCACCAGCCGACCGUGAAGCAAGAGGAUUACUCAGAGAUCUCAGACUUUAAGACCCCCAUCGUCCUGGACACGGGGUCUGGGGUGAUGAAGGCCGGGUUUGCCGAUGAGGAACUUCCGGCGAUUAUUUUCCCCACCGUCAUUGGCCUGCCAAAGUAUGAGGAGAUGAUGAACGGCAGCUCGGAGCGAGAGGGCUUCAUCGGCCAUGACGCCCAGCACAUGAGGGGGGUCCUGGCCCUGAGGUACCCCAUGAAGAACGGGGUCAUCCACAACUGGGACGACAUGGAGAAGAUCUGGCACCACGCCUUCCAGCAGCUGUGUGCCGACCCGGAGGACCACCCGGUGAUGCUGACCGAAGCCCCCAUGAGCCCCCUGCACAACCGGCAGCGCGCGGUGGAGGUCAUGUUCGAGCGCUUCUGCGUGCCCUACGUCUACGUGGCCAUGCAGGCCGUGCUGGCGCUGUACGCUGCCGGCCGCUGCACAGGCGUGGUGUUGGACUCUGGGGACGGCGCCAGCCACAGCGUGCCGGUGUAUGAGGGCUACAGCCUCCCGCACGCCGUCCAGCGCUUCCCCCUGGCCGGACUCGACGUCACCCUGCACCUCACCAAGCUCCUCCAGGAGCAGGGCGUGUGCAUGCGGACCAGUGCCGAGCUGGAGAUCGUCAGGGAGAUGAAGGAGCGGUGCUGCCGCGUGGCCCUGGACUACGAGGUGGAGUUGGCCCCCGGGGGCCCCUCUGCAGGGCGGGAGAUGAGCUACACCUUGCCCGACGGACAGGUGGUGUGUCUGGACACCGAGAGGUUCAGGGCACCUGAGAUUCUCUUCAGACCUGAGCUGAUUGGCCGGGAUCAUUAUGGGAUGCACGAGAGCCUUUACAAGUCGGUCCUCAGCACGGACGUGGACCUGCGGAGGGAACUGUUGGGGAACAUCGUCCUAUCAGGCGGGAACACGCUCCUGGCGGGCCUGCCCGAGCGGCUGCAGCGCGAGCUGGGCCGCCUGGAGCCGGGGGGGCCGGGGGGCCGGGUGCGGGUCUCCAGCCCCGCGGACCGAGGGUCCUCGGUGUGGCGGGGGGGCGCGGCGCUGGCCAGCAUGCCGGCACCGGGGGGCUGUGCCUGGAUCAGCCGGGAGGAGUACGAGGAGCACGGCCCCCAGAUCGUCUUCAGGAAGUGCUUCUGAGCCGGCCUCAGGUGUCUGCCUCACACGUCACGUGCAAUAUGUGUUUGUAAAAAUGAUAUUUAAUAUACAAAUCUAUUUUAUAUUUAUAGCCUCUUCUACUCUGGUGCCAUGGUGCUCUCCUCUGCUCUGGGAAUCUAUUUAUAAAUGAGUGUCUUAUUCUAGAUGACGUAUUCCGAUUAAUUUGUCCGUCCAUAACUUGUUGUAACGCGUGUUUAUGAAUCUCUUACUUCAUGAAUGAUUCCACAUCUCUCAGAAGGGGGUAAUGUCCAACAGUUGACCCCAACCCACGGUAGGAUUUAGACCAAUAUGUUUUCCUCUUGUCUUUUACUACCAAACAAGCCUUGACUGCCAUGGUCUUUAAAUCCAGUUCAGGGAUUAUUGGGUGCAUGUCGUUCAAUGAUUAACGGUGGGCCCAUUCAGCCUCAACGCCAUCCUCUAAGCCUUUUAAGAGACAAACUAACGUCAAAUGAAAUAAUAUUCUAAGACUAAAUUAAUUAAAAAUUCGUAUUUAAAAAAAGGAACGAUUUAUUUUGAUACAUGUUUAUUUGGUGUACGUUGGUGAAUGAGACAAAUGAGUACAUGGGCCGUGAUGAAGAGGUUGAUUGUCAUAACGACCGGUAUCCAAUGAAACAUCUUGUAGUUAGACGUCAACGCUACCAAUCGGCUCCUCGGGGGCACAUAACUGAAUGAACUAUAAACUUCACUCUGACUUUACAAUGCAAUACACUUCUCGUCUUUUAUACUUUCCUCGUGUUGUUCAUCUACCUGAGCCAAUGCAAAUGCAAAGUCUUUUCGAGCGAGUUUGUGAAAUGCAGAGAAUUAUGGUGGGAAACGCUGAUUUAUUUUCUUAGAAUAACUGCCAACUUGUUCCAGGUGUUUUGUUGACUUGUUUGAUGUUUUUAACUGCAUGGUUUGAGAUCAAUGAGUGUCUUUUGUGUGUUUUUUUUAAUAUUUGUGUGAUGUUGCUUUUGAGCUUUUACCUCCAUCUUGUUCAGCAGUAUUCUUUCUACAUUUGUGAAAGCCUUUCCCUCUGUGCCAAAAAUACAUGCAUUUUUACUUUACUUGAAACCAGAAAAUUCUUUGCCUAAAACUAAACUACCUAAACAAUUGGAAACACCAGCUGAUUUACAAGUGUUUUGCUACAGCUUUUGGUUUUUAAACUUUUUGUGUGCUAUGGAAGUAUUUUAUUUCAGCUUAUAACUAAGCAUUAUAAUUUUGUGUGUAUUGCUUGGUUUCUGUUUACAUAUAUGUUUGAUGGUUCUGUGUCUGAAGUGUGUUUAAUAUUGUGUACUGCCCUUGUUUAAAUGUACGGGGCGGUCAUGUGGUUCUGCGGCUCAGGUCGGAUGGGGGAGACGAGGACUGUAUCGGUGGGACGGGUUGGCCUCGUAGGGUCGGAGAAUAAACUUACUACUCUGUUGAACGUAUGAUGUGUGACGAGCCUAUGGAUGUUUUGCACCAAGUCGCAUGUCUGUUUUUUAAUAAUAAAUAUU